UGAACAGUUGGAUGCAAAGGGUGUGCCACCCAGUGACUUCAGGGACUGACUGCACCUCCACGGCACUGCAAUCUCGGGCAGGACAUGCAUGAGGAGUGACCGUGUGCUGUGGACUGUAUGGACUCCAGCACCACCUCCAUUAGCAGGAUGGUGGCUGCGCUGCACUGAGGCUGUUCUUCUAUAAAUCAUCAUGAGGAACCUGCAGCAGACGGCCGGGUUAGUGAGGUCAGGCCCUGCGCUCAUUCAAACGACGCGUGACUAGCGGGUGAAUGUCGCGAAAUGCCAUCUGAUCGCCGGGUCUGGUCGGUCUACAGCGCUGUGCUUCGCUCGCUGGAUGAAGGAGCUCAGGGCGCGAGGAGACGAGAGAAGCCGCGCGUGCAGUAGGGGGUGCUGGACGAAAUACGCCGUCUCGAGCUCAGUCUGCGCUUUAUUCUGCUUUGUAUUCGGGUGCGUAGCUGCACAGUCCAUGCGAGCUGACCACUGCGAUCGUGCUGCGGCCUGAGAGAGAAGCCGGCGCGCAAACACAAUGGCGGGGCCGGAGGAGCAGCAGCAGCAGCAGCAGCGGGUGGAUGAGGAGAGAGCGGAGAACAUCGAGGAUGCGGAGCUGGCCUUUCAGGGCAUCAACAUGCUGCUCAACAACGGCUUCAAGGAGAGCGACGAGCUCUUCAGGAGAUACAGGACCCAGAGUCCACUGAUGAGCUUCGGAGCCAGUUUUGUGUCCUUCCUGAAUGCCAUGAUGACGUUUGAGGAGGAGAAGAUGCAGAUGGCUUGCGAUGACCUGCGAACUACAGAGAAGCUGUGUGAGAGUGAUAAUACUGGCGUCAUUGAGACCAUCCGUAAUAAGAUCAAGAAGAGUAUGGACUCGCAGAGGUCAGAGAUGGCGGUAGUGGACCGGCUCCAGAGGCAGAUCAUUGUGGCUGACUGCCAGGUCUACCUCGCUGUACUCUCUUUCGUCAAACAGGAACUCUCAGCUUAUAUCAAAGGAGGCUGGAUCCUCCGCAAGGCUUGGAAGAUGUACAACAAAUGCUACAGUGACAUUAGCCAACUUCAGGAAUCGUGUCGCCGGAGGUCCUCCAGCCAGCAGGGGGAGCUGGCCUCUGAUCAGGCCAACCACAACACAGCUGUGGCAGAGGGCAGCGGAGGGGUAACAGAGGAGGCCCUGGGGCGUCUGAAGGGUUCGGUCAGUUUCGGCUACGGCCUUUUCCACCUCUGUAUUUCUAUGGUGCCUCCACACCUGCUGAAGAUAGUCAACCUGCUGGGUUUCCCUGGAGACCGUCACCAAGGGCUGGCAUCUCUGGCUUAUGCCAGCGAGAGUAAAGACAUGAAAGCACCUCUGGCUACGCUGGCCCUCCUGUGGUACCACACGGUAGUGCAGCCCUUCUUUGCUCUGGAUGGCUCUGAUUCCAGGGCUGGACUGAUGGAGGCCAAGACCAUCCUGCAGAAGAAAGCAGUGAUCUACCCAAACUCCUCUCUCUUCAUCUUCUUUAGGGGACGAGUGCAGAGGUUAGAGUGCCAGAUCAAUAGUGCACUGGCAUCUUUCCACGAUGCUCUGGAGUUCGCCUCAGACCAAAGAGAGAUUCAGCACGUGUGUCUCUAUGAGAUUGGUUGGUGCAGUAUGAUCGAGAUGAACUUUGAAGAUGCUUAUAAGGCCUUUGAAAGGCUGAAGAAUGAAUCCAGAUGGUCGCAGUGCUACUACGCCUACCUAACUGGAGUAUGUCAAGGUGCGUCUGGUGAUUUAGAGGGGGCGAAAGCAAUUUUCAAAGACGUACAUAAGCUCUUCAAACGCAAGAACAAUCAGAUCGAGCAGUUUGCAUUCAAGAGGGCAGAGCGAUUGAGGAAGAUGUCUGCCACGCAGGAGCUUUGCAUUCUGGGAGUUGUUGAGGUCUUGUAUCUGUGGAAGGCUCUUCCAAACUGCUCAUCCUCCAAACUCCAACUCAUGAGCCAAGUGCUGCAGGGUCUGGGUGACCCAUCCUGCCAGGGCUUAAAACACCUGCUUCUUGGUGCUAUUCAGAAAUGUCUUGGAAACAUUAAGGAUGCCAUCCAGUCUUACCAGAUGGCAGCCAGGGAUGACCUGGGGCGACAGACCAACUCUUAUGUACAGCCGUAUUCCUACUAUGAGCUGGGCUGCGUGUUACUGGCAAAACCUGAGACUCUGAGUAAAGGGAGAUCAUUGCUGCUUCAGGCAAAGGAGAACUAUGCAGGCUAUGACUUUGAGAACAGACUGCAUGUGCGAAUCCACUCAGCCCUCGCCUCCCUGAAGGACGUGGUCCCCCAGUAACCCUGCCUGACCCAGGAUAUGUAUCGUAAAGUGACCACUCCUGUCCAGCACUUUUUCAAAUGCAAGCCAUUGGAAACAACAAUGCAUUGUUCUAUUCUUUUCUUGUUUGGACAGACAAAAAGGAAGAAACCUUAGUUUUGAAGAGAUUUAUAGGCUACAUCUCUAACACUGAAACCCUGUAGUGUUUCCUUUCUACAUUGCUCAUGCUCAGUGACUCACAUAAAAGUAGUUGUUCAGUUAGUAUUUGUCAUUAUGUGGUAGUCUGUGCCUAAAAAAGUAGAAAACAUUGCUUAAGUUUAGCGUUUUUUUUAAUAUAUAUAAAUUAAUUAACUCUUAAAGGUUUCCAUUAAUUCCCACAUUCAAACCACAGACUGUUGGAAAGGGUCAGAACCCAGCAGAAAAGGUUCCCUAGUUAGGUUGCUCUGUCCUGUUAGAGACCAUAUAUAUUUAGGAAUUAAGCAUGAGAAACACUAUGUUUCCACACAGGGUAAGGAAUAUGAUUGUGGUCAGAAGAUGGCAGUAUUCCGAUUAAGGCAUCACAUUUCAAAUCAAGAAUCAGAAUCCAAAUAAGCACGUUCUGACUCAGAGGUAGUGUUUACUCCAGUUCCAGAGUGCUGCAUGGUGCUGUGAAAACACUGUGUUAGGAAUACUUUCCUCAAUUGACUGUUUGCAAAAUUCUAAGAAAGUCUUUGUCUCAUAGUUACUAUCAGUACAUGUGUCAAACUUUCAGUGCAGGCUACCUGAUAGCAUUUGUAAAACUUGUACUAGCAGACUGAAAAGUAAAGUAAUACAAAGGAAAAGUUGGAAGCACACAGAGCAGGACAGUUUUCAUUCAAACAUUAACCAGCUUUAUAAGAUGUUCAGUGCAGACACUCAUGUUUGACACAAUGUACAUGCAGGCCAAUUCCAAGUGAACAAUGAAUUUGUUCAAAAUUGUUUAGUUACUUGACAUUGACGCGUCAAUAGCUGCUCCUUCAGAUGAGCCAAAACUAAAGCUAACACUUGAACUAACCAGAGCGAUGUUUUAUGAUGAUGUGAUGUUGUGAUCUUUAACAAUAGGUCUUUCAGCAAACUCUGAUGAAACAAUGCAUGGAUGACAUGCAUAUGAGUGUAUUAAUAUUUAUCUUUACACAGAAAUAUUAAUGCUGUACAUCUGUUCAGUCUAAGUUAAAGCUAACUGAUACUGUAAUGUUAUUUUUUUGAUGAGAUGAUGUUAAAAUAAUUCUUAGCCAAGAGAGUAACCCAGUAAAAGUUUAGCUUAUCUUAGAGACAGCUAGAGACAUUAUAAAGGAGGAGACAGUUCAUUGGUUAAAUAAUGAAUGGGAAAAUCUGUGUCUGUACACAGUGAAAGUCCCACCCUUGAAUAAAAAACAGCCAGGGGGCUUCUUGGUAAAGCUGCAAGCAAGACAAGUUCUUCUUCAUCGUAGAGAAAUGCUCAGUUGCUACAUAGUUUGCACUGUUUUGUUUUUCCAAGAUGAGUUAUUUUCAUAUUUUCAGUUUUCUCGAUAUCUUGUAUUAUUUACACUACAUAAAUGUUUUCUCAAGAUAUUUAUGACAUUACUACAACCCAAUGAUCUUGAGAAAACACCAUUUCUUUUGCUGUUCUACUGACAUAAAUAUCACACGACUUUGAGAAAACAUAAAAAUAGCUUAUGAACAAACUGAGUAAAGGUAAAUUAAGCGAAGAAGGGCUUCAACAGCUAUUUAAGCAAAAUGCUACAUUUUUGUCAGAUUUGACCAGUGAUUAUGGUUUCUGAAAUGUUAAUGUAGUUUCAGGUUUCCAGGUCUCUUCCUGUUCAGUGAUGUAGAAGCCUGGUGGUGUAUGGAAAUAACUGCCCAGGGGCGUUGCCAAGAUGGCCACUGGGUAAACAGACUAUUCUAUAAGGAACUAAGCCAGCACAGGUUUGUUAAUAGCUCUGACACUGAGCUGAGAGUGUGGUCAUCCAAAUAGUUUAAUCCAAAACUUUUUCAGGUUUAGGAAUGAAACAAAAACACCAUCACCCUUCAGAAGAUGAGGAUAGCGCAUGCCUGGAUUACACUUACAGUUACACUUACAUUUUCACUUUCAUCGUUUUUUAGUCUAAAAAGUUUGACAGAUAUACUACCACCACCGUUCUCACUGCAGGUUUGUGGAGUAUUUAGAGACUAUUGUGAUAGGCUAAAAGUUGGGUCAGUAAUUUCGCAAGCAGUCAGUUGGUUAAGUAAACAUCAUUCUGUGUCUGUCCAUGCUUAAAAACACCGGUUUAAAUUCAAAAUGGCCAGAAAAUCCAAAAAAGGCCACAGUCCUGAAGAUGACCUGAAAAUGGUUUUAAGCCAUUUCGAAGCAUGUUAUUUGCAAUUGUGGGUUUGAACCUGCUCGUGAAGAAGAGAACUCUUGCUAGCUCUGUGAUGCAGCAGACCCAGGCAACACUCUUUACCAUAGAAAAUCUAAUUUUCUUGCCAGUUUCUUGUUCCAGUUAACACAUUACUGUGUGCACUGAGCAGCAGUACUUUGUGUUGUAUGCACUACAUUGCAUGUAAGCUGCGUGCAGUCAUGGAUCAGGGCUUACCUUAUGGUGCCAGACCUCAUGACACAUAAUCCUCAAUUACUAUAGUCCUCCUAAUCUCCCUUUAUUCAGGACUCAAGAUUCAGAUGUGUAAAAUGUGUUGAAUUUGAUUUUAGACGCUUGCUGGAGCCGAUCUUUCCAGUCAGAUUUGAAGUUAUGGCGUUGCAGAUGAAGGCGAAUAUGACCCUGAAACAUCUGUGGGAAAAUAUAACGUUAUUUUCUUAUACAGGGAUGCGAGCAGCACACAGAUAAUGUUGUUAAAGCGGGUAUUUUUGCAAGAAAACAAGAUUAUUAGAUUGCUUGUCAUCAGAGUGUGCUUUAUAAUGGAAGUACUACUUAUUCAGAAUAUUGGCCAUCUUUGAGAUAUUCUGUGCAUGGAAAGGCUGCUUUACCCUUUAACACAAUACGGAAGAUUUUCAUGAGACCCACCGGCUGGUAAUAUGCAUUAUAAUGAUACUGAUACACAAUUAGCUCCCAUUUGUGUAGAUAUGGGCUGUUUCAAAUUCUUUAUAACACCUGCACAAGUCAGAAAAUUCAGUUCAUUUCAUAAGUGGAAGAAGGACAACAAUCCUACACAUCAGACCACUCUGAAUGACUAGACUCCCAAAGCUUGACUACAGAGGCCAUCAACUGUCUACACAGGUGUCAGAAAGACAAUGCACCCCCUCAAAAGUGUGUAUUAAAUGAUCGUUGUUGUAAGAAAACCUCUCAUCUCUGAAAUGUUAACUUCAUAAGAGAAGGAUAAAUAUUCUUAAACAGCUCUUCAUUCUUAGUGUAACUUUUAAAAACAUAAGAUUUGCAUUUGAACAAUUCUGUUGGUCUUUUCGUCAUGAAAUGCCAUGAAAUUUAAGCUAUUAUGACAUUGAGGUGGUUUUUUAUUUCAUUUAUUCUUAAGAUUUUUGUCAUGUACAGUGUUGUGAAACAGUCAGAGAACACACUUUGAUUUAUUUCAUUUCCAGACAAAACAGCCAUUAAGUACAAGUUGUUCAUUUUCCAGCAUCUUUAAGAGCACCGAGAACAUAGCAGAAAUUGACGCCCGAUUGUGUGUCCAGCUUCCACUCUUUUCAGGAGACUUGCUUUCAGUCUUUCAAAGAAACCUGCAUGGAUAUUUUUCCACACCUCCAAAGCUCAGUCUUAGAAGUUGGUUACAUUUUCUCAUUUUCAAAAUCACAAUCACGAAUUUAGACUGGCUGUUAAACCUUAUUCCACAUCUCGCAUAUCCAGCUUCAGUGUCCAAGUGCAAAAUAUAUAUAUUUUUUGUUUGUUUGAGGUUUUUCGACAGUCCUUUUCUCAGUAAGGUCUCUCGAACAGCUACACAUCCUUUCAGACCCACAGCACUGAGUGGUCUUCUCACAGUGGAAGGAUG